GACCCGAUCCGGGAAACUUCCUCCCGUGAGGCUCUGAGGCAAUUACUGAGGUACCCCGGGACACCAAGAGGGGCACUUACUGGGGGACCCCGGGACACCGAGACAGCAGCUUCUGGCUACCUAGCGACCGGGGCAGCAGGCUAAAUACCUCCAGGUCCGUCCAGGAGGUGGGGCAUCUAACUUACUGCCCCGGGACAAGACCAGGGGCACCUGGCCAGCUGCCCCCCGGACACCUACAAAGGGGCAUUGGGAUUACUAACUGCCCGCGGACACCUGCAGAGGGGCAUCCGGAUAAUUUACUCCCCCUGGACACCUACGGAGAGGCACUGGCAUAAGUUACUGCCCCUGACAGCUACAGAGGGGCAACGGGAUUUCUAACUGCCCCGGACACCUACAGAAGGGCAUCAGGAUAACUAACUGCCCCGGACACCUACAGAAGGGCAUGAGGAUAACUGCCCCUGGGCAUCUACAGAGGGUCAGGAUAACUAACUGCCCCCGGAUCAUAGUGUGCCACCUGUCUUCUUACUGCUUGGAGAGGCAGGGUGUUUAAUUGCCCCCGUGGAGGGCAGGACCAUGCUUCUCUGCUAGACGGGGCCCUGCAGGUUGGGGCCACACGUGCCCCCCCCGGAAUGAUCGAUAAGAUGACGAGCUUUUUGUACAUCGGCGAUAUCGUGUCCCUGUACGCGGAGGGCUCGGUGAAUGGCUUCAUCAGCACCCUGGGAUUGGUGGAUGACCGAUGCGUGGUCCAUCCGGACGCCGGGGAUCUGGCCAACCCGCCGAAGAAGUUUCGGGAUUGUCUCUUCAAGGUGUGUCCCAUGAACAGAUACUCGGCGCAGAAGCAGUUCUGGAAAGCCAAGCAGGCCAAGCAGGGGAACAACACAGAGGCCGCACUGCUCAAAAAGCUGCAGCACGCCGCGGAGCUGGAACAGAAACAAAACGAAUCCGAAAACCGAAAGCUGCUGGGAGAGAUCGUGAAAUACAGCAAUGUCAUCCAGUUACUUCACAUUAAAAGCAACAAAUAUCUCACCGUCAACAAGCGGCUACCGGCGCUGCUGGAGAAGAACGCCAUGCGGGUGUCGCUGGACGCGGCGGGGAACGAAGGCUCCUGGUUCUACAUCCAGCCGUUCUGGAAGCUGCGCAGCGAGGGGGAUAACGUCGUGGUGGGUGAUAAGGUGGUCUUGAUGCCGGUUAAUGCUGGUCAGCCGCUCCACGCCAGCAACAUCGAACUUCUAGAUAAUCCUGGCUGCAAAGAGGUGAACGCCGUCAACUGCAACACCAGCUGGAAGGUGGCGCUCUUCAUGAAAUACAGCGAUUACAGGGACGACGUCCUCAAAGGGGGGGACGUCGUUCGGCUGUUUCACGCGGAGCAGGAGAAGUUCCUGACGUGUGACGAGUAUGAGAAGAAGCAGCACAUCUUCCUGCGGACCACCCUGCGCCAGUCCGCCACGUCGGCCACCAGCUCCAAAGCCCUCUGGGAAAUCGAGGUUGUUCACCACGACCCGUGCCGAGGGGGAGCCGGCCAGUGGAACAGCUUGUUUCGGUUCAAGCACUUGGCCACCGGAAAUUACUUGGCCGCUGAGAUCAACCCAGACUAUCGGGAUGUUAAUGAAUGCAAACCCACGAGAGAAGGAGAGCUUCCUGCCCCCAAGAAGAAGUGGCAGAGCGGGGAGCGGAUAAUGUUCACGCUGGUAUCCGUGCCCCACGGCAACGACAUCGCUUCGCUCUUCGAACUGGACGCCACCACCCUGCAGAGAGCGGACUGCCUGGUGCCCAGGAACUCGUACGUCCGCCUGCGCCAUCUGUGCACCAACACGUGGGUGACCAGCACCAGCAUCCCCAUAGACACGGAAGAGGAGAGGCCGGUCAUGCUAAAGAUCGGGACGUGCCAAACGAAAGAAGACAAGGAGGCUUUCGCCAUCAUCUCCGUCCCCCUCUCCGAGGUCCGAGACCUGGAUUUCGCCAACGACGCCAACAAAGUCCUGGCCGCAACGGUGAAAAAACUGGAAUACGGAACCAUCACCCAAAACGAGAGGCGGUUUGUGACUAAGCUGCUGGAGGAUCUGAUUUUUUUCGUGGCCGGCGUCACCAAUAACGGGCAGGAGGUGCUGGAGGUCGUGGUCACCAAACCCAACCGCGAAAGGCAAAAAUUAAUGCGGGAGCAGAACAUUCUGGCGCAGAUCUUCGGAAUCCUUAAAGCUCCGUUUAAAGACAAGGCAGGCGAGGGGUCCAUGCUGCGCCUCGAAGACCUCGGGGACCAGAGAUACGCUCCUUACAAAUACAUCCUGAGGCUCUGCUACCGGGUCCUACGGCACUCUCAGCAGGACUACAGGAAAAACCAGGAGUACAUCGCCAAGCACUUCUGCGUCAUGCAGUCGCAGAUCGGAUACGACAUUCUGGCCGAGGACACCAUCACGGCGCUGCUGCACAACAACCGCAAGCUGCUGGAGAAGCACAUCACGGCCAAGGAGAUCGAGACCUUCGUCAACUUACUGAAAAGAAACCGCGAGCCCAGGUUUCUGGACUAUCUGUCCGAUCUGUGCGUGUCCAACACGACGGCCAUCCCCGUGACUCAGGAGCUCAUCUGCAAAUUCAUGCUGAGCCCGGGAAACGCCGACAUCCUCAUCCAGACCAAGCUUGUUUCCAUGCAGAUGGAUAACAUACUGGACUGCCACGUGCUUCCCGAAGACGUGGACGAGGAGGAGGUCUGGCUCUACUGGAUCGACAGCAACAAAGAGCCGCACGGGAAGGCCAUCCGCCACCUGGCGCAGGAAGCCAAGGAGGGAACCAAAGCCGACCUCGAGGUCCUCACUUACUACAGGUAUCAGUUGAAUCUCUUCGCCCGGAUGUGCCUGGACCGCCAGUAUCUCGCCAUCGACCAGAUCUCCACCCAGCUGUCGGUCGACCUGAUCCUGCGCUGCAUGUCGGACGAGAGCCUCCCGUACGACCUGCGCGCCUCCUUCUGCCGGCUCAUGCUGCACAUUCACGUGGACCGCGACCCGCAGGAGUCCGUCGUUCCCGUGAAAUACGCCAGGCUGUGGACCGAGAUUCCCACGCGGAUCAGCAUCCAUGAUUAUGAUUCUUUCACCGACUCCUCCAGAGAUGAAAUGAAGAGGAAGUUCGCGCUGACCAUGGAGUUCGUUGAGGAAUAUCUGAAAGAAGUCGUAAACCAGCCGUUCCCGUUUGGGGAUAAAGAGAAGAACAAGCUGACGUUCGAGGUUGUUUAUCUGGCCAGAAAUCUCAUUUAUUUCGGCUUCUACAGUUUCAGCGAACUCCUCCGCCUCACCAGGACCUUGCUGGCCAUUCUGGAUAUCGUCCAGAGCCCCAUGUCCUCCUACCUGGAGAGACUCAGCAAAUUUCAGGACGGAGGCAAUAAUGUGAUGAGGACCAUCCACGGGGUGGGAGAGAUGAUGACCCAGAUGGUCCUUAGUAGGGGGUCUGUCCUUCCCAUGGUGGUCCCAGAAGUUCAGCAGGGUCUUCACUCCAGCAAACAAUCCAGCCCCUCUGACAGUGAAGAUAUCACCGUGAUGGACACCAAACUGAAGAUCAUUGAGAUUUUGCAGUUCAUACUGAGCGUGCGGUUGGAUUACAGAAUAUCCUACCUGCUGUCCAUUUACAAGAAAGAAUUCGGAGACAACGGAGCCAGCGUCGAGACCUCCACAGUGUCGCCCCCUGACACCCCAACCCUACCAGCCAUUGUUCCUGAUAUCGAUGAAAUUGCAGCGCGGGCCGAGACCAUGUUUGCUGGAAGCAAAGAGAAGAACCCGGUGGAACUGGACGACGAGGGCGGCCGGACCUUCCUGCGGGUUCUGAUCCACCUGAUCAUGCACGACUACCCCCCGCUGCUGUCAGGCGCCCUUCAUCUCCUCUUCAAGCAUUUCAGUCAAAGAGCUGAGGUUCUUCAGGCCUUCAAACAGGUCCAGCUGCUGGUGUCAAAUCAGGACGUGGACAAUUACAAGCAAAUCAAAGCCGAUCUGGACCAAUUACGGCUGACGGUCGAGAAAUCUGAACUUUGGGUUGAAAAGAGCAACAGUUACGAGAGCGAGGAGAUGGGUGACGGCCAGGCCAAGGACAGCAAGGAGCAAAUUAAUGAGGAAUCCAACAUAUUGGGUCCGGUGCAGGACGGGUGCAAGAAACCCCAGAUCGACAGCAACAAGGCAAAUAACUACAAGAUCGUUAAAGAGAUUUUGAUCCGACUGAGCAAGCUCUGUUCUCAGAGCAAGAAAGGCCGGAACCAGCAGCAGCGGCUCCUGAAGAACAUGGGGGCCCAUUCUGUGGUUCUAGAUCUGCUCCAGAUCCCGUACGAAAAGACCGACGAAAAAAUGAAUGAGAUCAUGACCCUGGCGCAUGUAUUUUUACAAAACUUCUGCCGUGGGAAUCCUCAAAAUCAGAUCCUUCUUCAUAAAAACCUCAAUCUCUUCCUGACCCCCGGGCUCCUGGAAGCCGAGACGAUGAGAAGCAUCUUCCUGAACAACUACCUCCUGUGCAACGAGAUCAGCGAGCGAGUGGUGCAGCACUUCGUGCACAGCGUGGAGACUCACGGCAGACACGUGGAGUACUUACGCUUCCUCCAGACCAUCGUCAAAGCCGACGCGAAGUACGUGAAGAAGUGCCAGGACGUGGUCAUGACCGAGCUGAUAAACGGGGGCGAAGACGUGCUGAUAUUUUAUAACGACCGAGCGUCGUUCCCCAUUCUUCUCCAGAUGAUGUGCUCGGAGCGCGACCGCUCGGACGAGGGGGGCGCCCUGGCGUAUCACAUCACCCUGGUGGAGCUGCUGGCGGCGUGCACCGAGGGCAAAAACGUCUACACGGAAAUCAAGUGCAACUCUCUGCUGCCCCUGGACGACAUUGUGAGGGUGGUAACCCACGAAGACUGCAUCCCAGAGGUGAAAAUCGCAUACGUGAACUUCGUUAACCACUGCUACGUGGACACCGAGGUGGAGAUGAAGGAGAUCUACACCAGUAACCACAUCUGGAAGCUGUUUGAGAACUUCCUCGUUGACAUGGCCAGAGUUUGUAACACGACCACUGACCGGAAGCACGCGGACACGGCCUUGGAGAAGUACGUCACCGAAGCCGUCAUGAACAUCGUCAGCGGGUUUUUUAGCUCUCCGUUUUCGGACAACAGCACCAGCCUUCAGACCCAUCAGCCGCUUUUCAUCCAACUCCUGCAGUCCGCCUUCAGGAUUUACAACUGUACCUGGCCGAAUCCGUCGCAGAAAUCCGUGGUGGAGUCCUGCAUAAAGACGCUGGCGGAAGUGGCUAAAAACCGUGGGAUAGCGAUCCCCGUGGAUCUGGAUAGUCAGGUGAACACGCUGUUUAUGAAGAGUCACUCGAACAUGGUCCAGAGAGCCGCCAUGGGCUGGAGGAUGACGGCGCGUACCGGACCUCGCUUCAAAGAGGCCCUCGGGGGUCCGGCCUGGGACUACAGAAACAUCAUCGAGAAGUUACAGGACGUUGUGUUAUCUCUGGAGAAUCAGUUUAGUCCGAUGCUGCUGGCUGAAUUCUCAGUUCUCGUUGAUGUCCUGCACAGCCCUGAACGCUUAUUCCCCGACGGGAGCGAUGCCAGGAUCCGAUGUGGGGCGUUUAUGUCCAAGCUGAUUAAUCACACGAAGAAACUGAUGGAAAAAGAGGAGAAACUCUGCAUCAAAAUCCUUCAGACGCUCCGUGAAAUGCUCGAGAAAAAAGACAACUUUAGCGAGCAGGGGUCCACGUUAAGGAAAAUACUCCUGAAUCGUUAUUUUAAGGGGGAGCACGGAUCGGCUCUGAACGGCUCGCUGUCCAGCAGUUACGUGAAAGGGCCGUCAGCGGGAGGCUUUUCUGGGCCGGAUUGCGAUAAGAAAUGCCGGACGUCGAUGACGGAUAUUCAGUGUCUUCUGGACAAAGAGGGGGCGUCGGAACUGGUCAUAGACGUUAUCGUCAGCACCAAGAACGACCGCAUAUUCUCGGAGGGCAUCCUUUUGGGGAUCGCGUUACUUGAAGGUGGAAACACGCAGAUACAGAGUUCCUUUUACAAUCAGCUGAACGAACAGAAAAAAUCGGAGAAAUUCUUUAAAGUUCUGUACGACCGCAUGAAGUCCGCGCAGCAGGAAAUCCGGGCGACGGUGACCGUCAGUACGGUGGACCUGGGGGCCAAGAAAAAGAACGACGAUUACGAUUCAGCGGUUCCCACGAAGAGAGCACGAGAGUCCCAGUUGCAUCUGAAGGAAGGGAUGAAGGGCCAGUUAGUCGAGGCAUCGUCCGCCACAUCUAAGGCUUACUGUGUGUAUCGGAAGGAGAUUGAUCCAGACAUAGACCUCAUGGGGUCCGUGGCAGAUAACAUUGGAGGAGAAGACAAGGCUGCGGAGGAAGCCGCCAUAAUGAGUCCUGUUAUCGCCAUCAUGCAGCCCAUCCUGAGGUUCCUGCAGCUGCUCUGCGAAAACCACAACCUGGGUCUUCAGAACUUUUUAAGGAACCAAAACAACAAAACGAAUUAUAAUUUGGUGUGCGAGACGCUGCAGUUCCUGGACUGUAUCUGCGGGAGCACGACGGGCGGCCUGGGGCUCCUGGGCCUUUAUAUCAACGAGAGGAACGUGGCGCUGGUGAACCAGACGCUGGAGAGUCUGACCGAAUACUGCCAGGGGCCGUGCCACGAAAACCAGACGUGUAUCGCUGCUCACGAGUCCAACGGGAUCGACAUCAUUAUUGCCCUGAUCCUGAACGACAUCAACCCGCUGGGCAGAUACCGCAUGGAUCUGAUACUUCAGCUCAAGAACAACGCGUCCAAACUGCUGCUGGCCAUCAUGGAGAGCCGGCACGACAGCGAGAACGCCGAACGCAUCCUCUACAACAUGCGCCCGGCAGAGCUGGUGGACGUCAUAAAAGCUGCUUAUAGCCAAGGGCUGGACACCGACCGCGACGACCAUGGGUCCGACGAACAAGUGUCCCCGAGGGCCGUUGGCCAUAACAUUUAUAUCCUAGCGCACCAGUUGGCGCGACAUUACAAAUCGCUUCAGCAGAUGUUAAAGCCGGGGGCCGAUCCGGAAGGAGGCGACGAGGCUCUGACGUAUUACGCCAACCACACGGCGCAGAUAGAGAUCGUCCGUCACGACCGGACGAUGGAGCAGAUCGUGUUCCCGGUGCCCAAUAUCUGCGAGUUCCUCACCAAGGAAUCCAUGUGCCGGGUUUUCAACACCACGGAGCGGGACGAGCAGGGCAGCAAAGUGAACCACUUCUUCCAGCAGACCGAGGACCUGUACAACGAGAUGACCUGGCAGCACAAGAUCCGAAGUAACCCCGCUCUCUUCUGGUUCUCCCGUCACAUCUCUCUCUGGGGGAGCAUCUCGUUUAAUUUGGCCGUUUUCAUUAACCUGGCCGUGGCUCUUUUCUACCCGUUUGGAGACGACGGAGAUGAAGGCACCCUGCCCCCGCUGCUCUCGGUUCUCCUCUGGGUCGCCGUCGCCGUCUGCACCGCCAUCCUCUUCGUUUUACCCAAACCGUUCGGCAUUCGCCCGUUCCUGGUGUCCGUCAUGCUGCGAUCCAUUUACACCCUGGGUUUGGGGGCCACUCUCAUCCUGCUGGGAGCUGCUAACCUCUGCAAUAAAGUCGUGUUUUUGGUGAGUUUCGUUGGGAACCGCGGGACGUUUACGCGAGGUUACCGGGCGGUCGUCAUGGAUAUGGCGUUCCUCUACCACGUGGUCUACGUCAUCGUCUGCAUGCUGGGGCUCUUCGUCCACGAGUUCUUCUACAGCUUCCUGCUCUUUGAUUUGGUUUAUCGGGAAGAGACCUUGCUGAACGUCAUCAAAAGCGUGACGCGGAACGGCCGCUCCAUCAUCCUGACGGCGGUCCUGGCGCUCAUCCUCGUCUACCUCUUCUCCAUCAUCGGCUUCCUGUUCCUCAAGGAUGACUUCAUCAUGGAGGUGGACAGACUGAAGACGCCGGACCUCGGUAACUUCAUGCCGCGAGGGUCUCUGGCGAUGGUCAAUGGCGCUUGUCACAAGGAAGACUGCUCGGCAACCGUCUCCAUGCAGGGUGACGGCACCGAGGCGGAUGGAAUAGAGCGCGCGUGCGACACGCUGCUGAUGUGCAUCGUAACCGUGCUGAACCAGGGUCUGCGAAACGGCGGCGGGGUGGGCGACGUCCUCCGGAAACCUUCCAAGGAUGAGCCGCUGUUUGCCGCCCGCGUCGUCUACGAUCUCCUCUUCUAUUUCAUCGUCAUCAUUAUUGUGCUGAACCUGAUUUUCGGGGUGAUUAUCGACACCUUCGCCGAUCUCAGGAGCGAAAAGCAAAAGAAAGAGGAGAUCCUGAAGACGACGUGUUUCAUCUGCGGGCUGGAGAGAGAUAAGUUUGACAAUAAGACGGUGUCGUUCGAGGAGCACAUCCAGGCCGAGCACUGCAUGUGGCACUACCUGUACUUCAUCGUCCUGGUCAAGGUGAAAGAUCCCACCGAGUACACGGGGCCCGAGAGCUUCGUGGCCAAGAUGAUAGCAGAUAAGAACCUGGACUGGUUCCCCCGGAUGCGCGCCAUGUCGCUGGUCAGCAGCGAGAGCGAGACGGAGCAGAACGAGAUCCGGAACCUGCAGGAGAAGCUGGAGUCCACCAUGGGACUGGUGAAGCAGCUGUCGGGGCAGCUGGCGGAGCUGAAAGAGCAGAUGACAGAACAAAGGAAGAACAAGCAGAGACUGGGAUUCCUCGGAUCCACCACAACCCACAUGAACCAUCACAUGCCUGCGCACUGACACCGCGGCCCCCGGGAGCCGGCCCCCGGCCCUUAUCGCUCUGGGAAUUAACGGACCACGUUGGGAAGCGGUCCUGCCGGGACAUUAAACAUUGGAUCGGUUUGAGAGACCCGCGCCUGCGCCGAGCUGUGAGACUUAAAAAAAGAGGGUUUCUGGCCUCAAAAAAGACCUAUAAAAAGUAAAAACCGGUUUUCUUCAUUCCUUCACCCAAAAUAUUCCUCUCGUUGUUCUACCGGUUUCUGCGCUCAUUUGAUACAAAACUGGACGAGCGGCUCCGAUUGGGGCCGAUUAGGGCCGCAAGCUAAGACUGGAAACCGAUUCACCAAGUGCCUGACGCUCGUAUUGUUACAUCUUGUAUUAAAAGGGUUUAUUUUGGUGCCGUUUCUACAGAAAAAAAAGAUAAAAAGAAAGUAUUGUUUUUGUUACAAUUUUCAGAACUGGAUCCUCUUUGUAAUCAUCAAUUUGUAGCUAAUUUAGAAAUAUUUUUUCUGAACUUCUAAAUACUGGAAAGAAGGUGGAAACCACCCCAAAAAAUGAAUAAAUAAAAUUAUUAACAAAAAAAAAGUAAAAUAA